AUGUCCACCACCAACGCCAGAAGGGGUGACAGCCCUCUCAAGUCCAACACUGCCCUAAAAGAAGGCACCCUCGAACUUCCCAACGAACUCAUCCACCUCGUCCUCGAAUAUCUCUCACCCCUCGACGUCCUCUCAGCCGGACGCACAUGCCACCACAUGCGCGAAGUCGUCAACGACCAAGCGAAACGCCUCACUCGCCUCAUCGUCCGCCGCGAACGGACACGCAUGGCCGCAGGCCUCGUCAUGUCCGGUGCCUCCCUCGUCGGAGCCAUCCGCUCCUGGAUCCUCCAUCAUGGGCCUCAGGCAGAGCGGAGUUUCCACGCCACGGCCCUUAGGAUUGCGAAUAACUACGUCCGCGCCAACGGUAUCGACGUGAGAGAUACGGGGUAUCGAGGAGAUCACUUGUUCUUCGCUCGACUCGUCGAGUAUCUUCUGCAUGUGAAUUACAUGGCGGGCCAUAGAGCGCGGGAUCCGGAGGGCGAGGAGGGUCUCGACGAAUAUGCUCUCGUUCGGUUAUCCCCGAGCACCAACGUUCUCAAGAGCGUCGCUCGAUGCAGCUUGACCAGCAUGGAGAGCCGCACGUGCCUCUGCCUCUUGUGCUCUCCUUAUCGCGAGGGGAUUUGCUGCUGGGUCGAGACGGCCGUUGUCGACUUCAGGAAGACCGGCUGGAAGAACGAAGUUCACCCCCUUGCGUUCUGGCGGGAUCUCAGCAGCCCCGUGACGGAGAUUCUCGUCAGCGAGGAGGAGUGGUUGGAUAUGGUCCGCAGCAUCCUCGCGGAGUCUCUGGAAGAUCCCACCGACAAGGAGAAGCGCGAGAUGCACAAUGCUCUAGUCUCGCAGAUCCGGCAAGGUUUCGGCAAGAUGCGUCGGGAUAUCGUCAAGGAGUUCAUCACGUUGGCGGAGUUGCCUAAGCAGCGUCGUGGAGGGGAGAUGAAGAUCCUCAUACCCGGUAUGGACGUCAGCAAGAAGAAGCACUCUUUGUCGCUGGGGAGCAGGCAGAUGGCGUGCGAGACGUUGGGGGUGCGCGCCGCGAAGGAGUUCUGUCUGCAUUUGGGCCGUGCAUUGAAAGGAGAGAAGAAGUUAUUGGAUCCGGAGAAUCGAUAUUUAGUGGCUGUCAUGUAUGAGGAGUUACGUUUGGUAUCGGGAGAGUUCAUGCUGAUGGAUGAGUAUCGGGAGGGGAGUUUCGAGUCGUUCUUGGGAUGA